UCCCCAGGAACACUACACACACCCACAAGACAACCAACAAGAUUGAGGAAUAAAGUCAUCGAGAUAAGAAAAAUGGCUGCAGAGGAGGUUGGAGACGUCGAAUCGCUUCUUUCCACCGGCGAGAGGAACUUCCUCAUACGGAAUAACGGCGACAAGGUGGCUAUUGGUAAUCUUAAAGGGAAAACGCUUGCCCUUUACUUCUCAGCCUCAUGGUGUCCACCGUGCAGAGGCUUCACUCCUAAGCUGAUUGAAGUGUAUAAUGGGCUCUCCUCACAGGAUAAUAGCUUUGAAAUUGUUUUUGUAUCUGCUGAUCAAAAUGAGGACUCCUUUAAUGGGUACUUCUCAAAAAUGCCAUGGUUGGCAAUCCCAUUUUCUGACACGAAGACAAGGGAAAAACUUGAUGAUCUUUUCAAGGUCACAGGCAUACCCCACCUUGCCAUCGUGGAUGCCAAUGGGAAGGUUCUUAAUAGAGAAGGUGUUCAAGCUGUACGUGAGUAUGGUAUAGAGGGGUAUCCAUUCACUGCCGAAAAGAUCAGUAAAUUGAGAGAGGAAGAGGAGAAUGCUAAGAAGGAUCAAACUCUUCGAAGUGUCUUGGUUUCAUCUUCCCGUGACUACCUGAUUGCAAAUGAUAGAUCUAAGGUUUCUGUUUCAAAUCUCGAAGGAAAAAUAGUGGCUUUGUACUUCUCAAUCAAUGCUUCAAGGUCUUGCGCUGAUUUCACACCAAUACUCGCACAAAUCUAUAGGAAGCUCAAGGAAAUUGGAGAGAACUUUGAGGUUGUACUAGUGUCCUUGGAUGAUGAGGAAUCCUCUUAUGAUGAAGCUAUACAAAGCAUGCCCUGGCUUGCGAUUCCUUUCAAGGACAAAAGCUGUGAGAAGAUUGCGCGCUAUUUUGAACUCCAGACAAUCCCUACUGUCAUCUUGAUUGGAUCAGAUGGGAAGACUAUGAAUGUUGAUUUAACUGAGCUUAUCGAAGAGCACGGGUUUGAGGCAUGGGAAGGAUUCCCAUUUUCUCAGGAGAAGUUGUAUUACUUGUCAGAGAAAGCGAAGGCCAAACUUGAGGCACAGACACUUGAGUCACUUCUUGUCUCGGGUGAUCUGGACUAUGCCAUUGGAAAAGAAGGAUUGAAGGUUCCAAUAAAAGAGCUUGAUGGAAAGACCAUCCUCCUGUACUUCUCAGCACAUUGGUGCGGUCCGUGCCGUGCUUUCCUCCCUAAACUGAUCGAAGCGUAUCACAAGAUCAAGAAUGCAGAUACUGAUUUUGAGGUUAUCUUCCUCUCCAGCGACCGUGAUCAGGAUUCAUUCGACAAAUUCUUCUCAGGCAUGCCAUGGUUGGCACUGCCUUUUGGUGAUGAGAGGAAGAAAUCUUUGAGCAGUAGAUUCAAAAUCCGUGGCAUUCCUUCCCUGGUUGCCAUAGGACCUACAGGACGAACAAUUACCAAAGAAGCCAGGAAUUUGUUGAUGAUACAUGGAGCUGAUGCUUACCCAUUCACCGAGGAGAAGAUCAAACAGUUGGAGCAUGGAAUUGAGGAAAUGGCAAAGGGGUGGCCUGAGAAGAUAAAGCAUGACCUCCACGAAGAGCAUGAGCUUGUCCUUACCCGUUGCUCGACUUAUGGCUGUGAUGAUUGUGAGGAGAUGGGAAAUAGUUGGUCCUACCGUUGUAUAGAGUGCAAUUUCGACCUGCACCCAAAAUGUGCACUGGACAAAGAGAAGGAAAAUGAAGAAAAUGGUGAAGCACAUGGCGAAGUGACAAAGGAAGGAUAUGUGUGUGAUGGUGAGGUGUGCCGCAAAGCGUAAUCUAAUUUGCCUUGUUCGUGUAAUGAACUUAUGAUAAUAAGUUGGCUGGUUUUGAGCCCAUUAAGCCUUGAUUUUAGACUAUGUCCACCAAGUCUAUUAUACUGUAUGGAUGAUGAAACUUGUGCUCGGGUUUGUAUUGCAAUAGGACUGAGAAUAAUGCAUUACUAUGUCUGCCUCGUUUAA